GGCGGGCUCCCAGGGCUGCGAGCGCCGCCGCUGCAGGUGGGGAAAGGAGCGUCAGGAGGAGAAGCCGCCCGGCUUGGCAGCUCGCUCGCUGGCUCUCCCGCCGUCCUGAAGGGUUUCCAAGCGCGCCCCGGAGCCGCGCCACCCUGGUUCCUCGGAGCCUGGGCGAAAGCUGCCGCCGGCUGGCGCCCGCGCUACUUUCCCAGAAGGAAGCGGCCAGCGGGGGCUGAGCGGGACUCUCGGCGGCCGCUGCUGCUGGCGGCGGGUCUCUCAGAAUCUGGAUCAGAUUCUGAAUCAAAGGAUCAGGAUCAAGAGCAGAAAGAAGCUUCGGGUCAACAAGGAUCGGGUGGGACAGGGGCCCAAGGACAGCAGCAGCAACAGCAACAGCAACAGCAGCUGAGUGAAGAGCACCAGAAUGCAUUAGAACAAUUUUCUGGUGUUGCAGCUCACAGCACCCCUGUCAAAAAGGAACCGGGCAGUGACAAAGAACGUGAAUUUGCUGCUGCAGCAGCAAAACAACUGGAAUACCAGCAGUUUGAAGACGACAAGCUCUCUCAGAAAUCAUCCUCAAGCAAGCUUUCCAGAUCUCCUCUAAAGAUUGUCAAAAAACUGAAAAAUAUGCAGUGCAAAGUAAUCCUUCUAGAUGGCUCAGAAUACGGCUGUGAAGUGGAGAAACGUUCAAAAGGCCAGGUGCUGUUUGACAAAGUGUGUGAACAUCUGAACCUGCUGGAAAAAGAUUACUUCGGGUUAACAUACAAAGAUAUGGAAAGCCAAAAGAAUUGGUUGGACCCAGCCAAGGAAAUAAAAAAGCAGAUCCGAAGUGGUGCUUGGCAUUUCUCUUUUAAUGUGAAAUUCUAUCCUCCUGAUCCUGCCCAGCUUUCUGAAGAUAUUACCAGGUACUACCUCUGUUUACAGCUGAGAGAUGACAUAGUUUCUGGUCGACUGCCAUGUUCUUUUGUUACACUUGCACUAUUGGGCUCCUAUACAGUUCAGUCAGAGCUUGGGGAUUAUGAUCCUGAUGAAUACGGAAGUGAUUACGUCAGUGAAUUUCGCUUUGCACCAAACCAUACUAAAGAACUGGAAGACAAAGUAAUAGAGCUUCAUAAAAGCCACAGGGGAAUGACACCUGCAGAAGCUGAGAUGCAUUUUUUGGAGAAUGCAAAAAAAUUGUCCAUGUACGGAGUAGAUCUGCACCAUGCCAAGGACUCUGAAGGAGUUGAAAUCAUGUUAGGGGUUUGCGCAAGUGGUCUCUUGAUAUAUCGGGACAGACUCAGAAUAAACAGAUUUGCUUGGCCUAAGGUUCUCAAAAUUUCAUACAAGAGGAAUAACUUCUAUAUCAAAAUCCGACCAGGGGAAUUUGAGCAAUUUGAAAGCACAAUUGGGUUUAAAUUACCAAAUCAUCGUGCUGCGAAGCGUUUAUGGAAAGUAUGUGUUGAACAUCAUACAUUUUUCAGGCUCUUGCUCCCAGAGGCUCCUCCCAAAAAAUUUCUUACACUGGGUUCCAAGUUUCGCUACAGUGGAAGGACACAAGCCCAAACAAGGAGAGCAAGUGCACUGAUAGACCGCCCAGCACCUUACUUUGAGCGUUCAUCAAGCAAACGCUAUACAAUGUCUCGCAGCUUAGAUGGGGCAUCAGUCAAUGAAAACCAUGAAAUGUACAUGAAGGAUUCUAUGUCUGCUGCAGAGGUUGGUACUGGCCAGUAUGCCACGACAAAGGGCAUCUCUCAAACGAACUUGAUAACCACUGUGACUCCAGAGAAAAAGGCGGAAGAGGAGAAGGAUGAGGACCAGAAUAAAAAGAAGAAAUCAGAAGAAGUCACUCCAGUCUCAACAAUACGGCAUGAUACAAAGCCACCUUUGCUUGGUACAGAUCCAUUACAUACCUCACCAUCCUCACAAUCUGGUCCCUUUGCAUCUUCAACAAAGCCCCGUAGGAGAUGUAAGGAGAGUGGUCGAAAACCAUUAGAUUGCAAGUCGCCUAAAAACACUGUUCAAAAGCCUGACGAGUCUGAGUUGGACUCUGAAAGAAAAGGAAGAGUUUGCUCAGUUGAACAAGAUAUGGCCUUCAGCUAUAAACAAAAGGCUGGUAAAGGCGGGACAUUGUUUUCCUUCUCCUUGCAACUUCCAGAAUCAUUCCCCACACUCCUGGAUGAUGAUGGCUACUUAUCCUUUCCUAAUCUCUCUGAAACCAACUUUCUGCCAGAAAGUGUGCAGCACUUCCUUCCCAUUCGCUCACCAUCCCUUGUGCCUUGUUUCCUCUUCAUCUUUUUCUUUCUGCUUUCUGCCUCUUUCUCAGUGCCAUAUGCUCUCACUCUCUCCUUUCCUCUGGCUAUGUGCCUCUGCUACCUGGAGCCCAAGGCGGCCUCCUUGAGUGCUUCACUUGACAAUGACCUGAGUGACAGUUCAGAGGAAGAGACUGACAGUGAAAGGACAGAUACUGCAGCUGAUGGGGAAACCACUGCCACAGAGUCUGAUCAAGAAGAAGAUGGUGAUCUCAAGGCACAGGAACUAGAUAAAAACCAGGAAGACCUGAUGAAACACCAGACCAAUAUAAGUGAGCUGAAACGGACAUUCUUGGAAACUUCCGCAGAUACCUCAGGGACCAAUGAAUGGGAGAAGAGGCUUUCUACAUCACCAGUCCGGCUUGCUGCAAGACAUGAAGAAGCUCCUAUGAUUGAACCACUUGUGCCUGAAGAGACCAAAGAAGAAAGAGAAAAAUCUGAAAAGCGUAUAUUUUUGCAGAAGGAAAGCACUGCAUACCUUGAUUCUCAGGGCACUGAGGAUUGGGUUAUUGUAGACAAAGUACCCACUGAGGUAGUUGAUGGUGAAUCGAAAACCAUUGUGACAUACAAAGUAAUGACUGUGAGCAGUAAAACUGGUGACAUCCCUGGCAAGCUUUUAAAAUCCACUGACAUACAGAGCUUUGAGGACUUGGAAGGUGAAUUGCAGUCGAAAGACUACAAUAAACAGAAAAUGUACACCUUAGGAAAAUCCUACGAUACUGUUUCUGGGAAAAUUCUAACCAUGACCACUAAAGUAAAAGAGGGAGAAAAAAUUGCGCCAUCAUCACUCGAAGCAUUUCAAAAAAUGGAAAGGGCAGUGCCAGAAUCUGUGAAAAUCAUUCCUGUAGUAGCAGAAUAUGAAAUUCUAGAACCAAUUACUGAUGAGAGAGCCAGAAAAUUAUCUGAAUCAAAAAGAAGGGUAUCUGAAUCUUUGACACCUAUUAAAGAGACAGACUCCCGGCUGCAGAGCCCUGAAGACGAAAGUUUGAAGAAGACCUUAAAGAUGGACCAGGAUUUGCAGUUGCGUGAUACACUGGGCAGCAUACAGAUUUCCAGAGCUGAGAAACCUCUUGACAGUGAAAGACUAAAAGGAGAGGCAUUUGGUCGGAAAGAAAAGAGUAUAUCUGAGUGGAAGUAUUCCAGAGAACCACCCUUGACCAUUGCUACUGCUCACUAUGUUACUGAAUCAUCAGCAUCAAGAGUGGUGACAAAACAGCUCUCCGGUGAAAAAGCUCUGGAUGGUUCAGAUAUCUUCACUUUAAUAGAGUCUGCAAGAAAACCAACUGAGUUCAUAGGAGGGGUUACAUCUACUUCACAUAGCUGGGCACAGAGAACAGAAGCUAAAACCGAUCAGGAGAUACAUUCUAGUGAGAAGAAGACAGAGGAGGAGAAGCAACAGGAGGCUGUGAAGAAGGUUGUGCAGGAAACUGUAAUGGUGGAGGAGAGACAUGUGAUGAGUGUGCAUGCAAGUGGGGAUGCUGCUAAAUUGGCUGGCGUUCAGCUGGAUACUACAGCAGAGGCAAUAUCGCAUGUGGCUUCUAGCAUCAAAGGGAAGGAGGGCUCUGCUGUGACUGAGGGGGCUAAAGAGGAAAAGAUGCAGGAGGCUGAAAAAGCUUUAACCAAACAGGAAGAAACUGCUACUGUAUCUCACGAUCAGGAGGAAUGUGCAGCAGCCCAUGCUUUGGAUGCACUGGAAAGAAAACCUCUUUUUGAGUCACCAAUUGUGAAGACUGAGUCAGUCAGUUUUGGCAGUGUUUCUUCAGGUGGGGAGAAGUUGGAAAUUUCUAUGAAGGAAGUGCCCAUCGUUCAUACUGAAACAAAAACCAUUACAUAUGAGUCCUCAGAGGCGGAUCCUAGUGCUGACUCUGAACCAGGAGUUCUGAUGAGUGCACAGACCAUCACAUCUGAAACUACCAGUACUACAACUACUACACAUAUCACUAAAACAGUGAAAGGAGGCAUAUCAGAAACAAGAAUUGAAAAGCGAAUAGUCAUCACAGGAGAUGCAGACAUUGACCAUGAUCAGGCGCUGGCUCAGGCAAUUAAAGAGGCCAAAGAGCAGCACCCUGACAUGUCAGUGACCAAAGUAGUGGUACAUAAAGAAACAGAAAUCACACCUGAAGAUGGGGAGGAUUGAUCACAGGAAUAAAGUAGCUUCCUUAUGAAUUCAGUCAUACGUGGGAAUACCAGAGCCUACAAUCUUGGUUCUAAUCCAGCAAGCUUGCAUCUCUCCAGAGAAAUUUUCAAUGUGGAAGAAUCAAUCUUGAUUGUUACUAAAGACACUGGCAGAAAUAUCGUCCCAUUUACAGCAAUCUGAAUCAGCAUUAGCAACCCAAUAUUUGCAUGAAGCAAUGAACAAAUUACAAAAAACACAGCAUUUUAAUUUUCCUAAACUAAGUUUCCAUCUAUACCUGCACGUUCAUCAACAAUAUAAAACAGUGAUCUCAUGCUACACAUGAAUCAGUUCAUGCCUUCAGUUAUUGAAAAUCUAAACAAACCACAGUUUCUUAGGUGGCAAAACUUUUGUUUAGGGUAAGUGAAGAUUGCCCUGAAAUGCUAGAAGCUGUAUAGGUACUGUGUAUAAUGUUUUAUCACGUUAGAUGUGCCAAUAACACACACUGUUCAGUAAACAACUUGAAUCAUAUAAUUGUUUUCAUCUGGUUUUAUUACUCUUGUCCAAUAAACAAUGGCAAAUCGCUAAUCUUAUUUAAAUGCUUACAAAAUGUGCUUUGUUUACCUGGUUUGAGACCUUUAAUAGAUAGUAAUAAUUUUAGCAUUGUUCAGACUUUAAAAGUAGAAAUUCAGUCACCCUUCACAAACCCUCAUUCUAUAAAUUACGUUGUGGUUAUUUUAAAGAAAAUGUGUGUUUUCCUUACCAUUUCAGAAAUAUUAGUCUGAUUUUUUGACAUUUUUUGUAUUGAUUUCCCUUCUGUUCUCAGAGAAAAAUGUUUAUUUUCAGAGUCUGGUCAGCAUUUCCUAGGUCAGAGUUAAGCCUUAAACUGUACAGAACACCUACUAAACAUUAUUUGGUAUUGGUUAUCACAAUCACUUGAGGGAUACUGUCUUCAUUACACUGUCAGUCACAUCACAACACAUGGUGAAUGUAUGUUUCUGCAUAGUGAAAUAAAAGUGGUAAACGCACCAAAAUUUGUAUUUGUCUAUGUCUAAAAAACAUGUUUUCUGUAUUCAAACAUCAAUACCAUUUGUUUAAUGUAACAGGCAUUUUAAUGUGCAUUACAGAGACAUUCUUCUAAUUGACCACAAUAUGGUGUUUAGAUGGGUACAAAUAGAAGAGCAAGCCUAAAGAAAUAUUGUACAAAUAUAUUCCUUCUGUACAAUUUUUGCACAUACAAUAGGUGCCCUCUAAUUUCUUGUGUGAAAUUUAGCUCUGUAAUGUGCUUCAUGUUAGCGAAAGGUAAUAGUACAACCAGCUAACUAUUUUUGAGUAUUAGCUUAAAUAUAUAUAUAUUAUAUUUUCUAUUCUAAAACUUUAGAGCACUAUUUGUUUCAGCAAAUAAUCUGGGCACAAUCUAGCCAUAGUUAAGCACUUCUAAGUUCCACUCCAAUAAGAGAGUUAAGUGUGUGCUUCAUGUUCUCUUGCUAAAAGCUGUGGGACUUAAAACUACUUAAUUUGGGCCGGGUCAUGUCCUUUACUGUUUUGAUUUAGCUUUCUAUUCACAGUUCAUUCAUGGUGUCCUUUCAUUGAAGGAAAAAAUGAAAGUCUAUUUUUUAGCCUUUGAAAUACAUAAACAGCCAUCUGUAUGGCUAUUUUUACUGAUAAAGGCCAAAUUCACAGAUUUCCAACUGAAUUGAGUGGUAGGAGCUUCUGUGAAGUAAAACUGACUCGUUAGCACAGAUCAAAAGUUUAAAAAAAAUAUUUUUAAAGAGUAUAUAUCAAGAGAAAAUAAUCUAUAGAUAAAUUAUAUAAAAAUUAAGAACCAUUGUCCAGUAGUGUUUGCAUGUGUGGAAUCUCAGGCCAAGUUUAGGUGCUCACUCCACCCCAGUGAUCAUCUAUAGGAGUACGCAGGGCCACCAUGGGCUUGUGACCCAGCUGGAAUGCAUGGUGGUUGAUAGUAUAAACUGGCACCUAUGAGCGAGCUAAUACAUGGCCAUCACAUUUUCUGUGAUUCCAAUGGCCAGGAGCAAGAUAAAUAAUGGCUGCUUGAUGUCUAGCUCACAGGUGGUGUCACAUUCUCUCAGCUAGGUCACAAAUCUGCCACUGGCCCUGUACACAUCCACAGGCUGGGAUCGGUUUGCUAGCCAUUUCAUUGAUGCCCAAUAUGCUGGGGACAGCUCCAUCCUUGUGUCCCCUUUGUUCACUGCAGCUCCUACAAAGCUUUCAAUUGGGAUGAAGGUUUUGUCUUGUCUUUGGGACCUUCUUCUUGGAACUAUCUUCCACAUUCUAUCAAUAGGCAUAUUUUAAUAAGUGACUCCUAUAUCUGUAAAUAUAAUGGAGAAAUAGCUAAUAUACUUAGCUAACCCAGUGAAAAUCACGAUCAGGUAAUGCAGAACAGUGAAAAUUUUGCAAAAUACAUUCCCAGUUGAAUAGGUAGCUUUCUGUAUAAGAAUGCAAUUCUGAUUGCAUUGAACACAAUGGGAUUUACUUCUAAAUGUGCAUGAUUGUGCUGUAAAGUGUUUCUUUUACUCUAAUAACACAUGUAAGUUGGUGCACCUUCUACUAUCCUACAUAAUUAAUACAGACAUUACUAUGUUGUGUUUCCACUCCUACCUGACUCACAGGAACUCUCUUCCUCCUAUAAUGUAGGAAGCAGCCCUCAUCCAAUCAUUUUAAAUUAAUUUAUUGUUGAAGAUUUCCUAUUUGCAUAUUUAACUUGUUCCUUCCAGCCCAAUCAUAUUCUGUUACAUAGUGAACAAGCAUAGAUUGAUUAGUUAUGUGAGGCUUUAGAUUAUCUGUUUCUUUCCCUCGUCAUAUUGUGCUGUUUUGGAAUAGAGUAUCCAAGUAUAAUCUUACAUUUCUGUGAAUGCCAAAUCAGCUUUUUACCUGUGGCAGCUGUUGAUGGGAUAGUAGACCAUUUGUUAAGGCAUCAAGCAUUUAAAAAUAGAUUCUGAAACCAGAUUCCUUUUCCAUUGUCACAAUAUUUGCUUUGUAAGCCUUUCAUAUUGAUUUUAAUGAAGAGUGGGUUAUAAAACAGCCAAAAAAAUAAAUAAGUACUACUUGGCCAGUUUAACUGAUACGUCCCAUGAUAAAAGUAUCUUUCCUUCAACAGGUCCACUAUUCCAUUUGUAACAACACGUUCACAUAGCUCAGUUUCAAACUUCCUAUUAAAAUGUGGGAAAAGUUAUUUUUAAGUGGCUGAAAGGUGGAUUCCCAGAACUAGGUCAGGUCAUAGUGAAAAACAGUAUCAGCUUCUUUCAGACAAUCAAACAGUGGUUCAUGUGACAAUGUUAUACCUUCAGUUGCCGCUACACUAGGCUUCCCCUAUGUAGUCUCCAUAUGUUUUGGACUACAACUCCCAUCAGGCGUAGUCACAAUGUUGAAUAAUUGGGGGAAAUGGUAAUUGUAGUCCAAACACUUGGAGAGUACCAGGCUUGGGAAAGCUGCACUACACAAGCAAUAGUAUCAUCAUAAUUAUUUUGAAGCACGGCAUCAGAAUCCACCCAAAGGAUGCAAUCCUAAGCACACAACUUAGGGGGAAAGCCCCACCGAACACAGUGGUGUUUACUUCUGAGUAAGCGUGCCUAGGGUUGUUCUGUAUUGUUCUGCACAGAAUUUGUGCUUGGACAGUAACCUUCUGUCCAUGAUUAUUGCUACAUUGCCUACAUUUUAGCAUGGCAUAUCAAAAUAAGAACGCUAUCAAAAGCUAAUUCAUUGAUUUAUAAGAUUUCUCUACUUCAAAGGGGUACUCACUGCUAGAAUAAGAAUGAAGUGCACAAUGAUGGCUCAAUGUUAGUGAACUUUGUGUGGGGGUACUUCCUGGGAAAUAAAUGUUUCUUUUUGAUAGAUUGUUUUUUGGGUUGACUGCCCAAUCCUGUGCCAGAUGAAAUAAAAAGCUCUUGCCUGUUUCUAACA